CAUGCGCGUGUCUGUACGUACGUAAGUGUGUGUAUGUGUGUGUGAGUGUGUGUGUGUGUAUGUGUGUAAGUAAGUGUGCAGCUCUGUGUGGAGAGCAGAUCGAGAUACAGUAGUAACCCGGAGUGAGUGAGGUGGCAGUCUUUAUUCCACAUCGACACUGACUGACUUUGCCCUGCAUGCAUACAAUCCAAUCUGUCUCCAUAACGCAGAGCGCACUUGAGGAGUGGAAAGAGGAAAAGAAAAGAUGGCAUCUGGAAGUGGCCGUGGACAAUCCGGGAUCUAGUCUCUUCUGGGUGUUUUUUUUUAAUAUAAUUUUUGGGACCACAGAGCACAAAUUGACUGGCAGUGCAAGGCGUGAAUAAGUAAGUUUCUGGUGGAGGAACUGUUCUGUGUUUGGGACUCUGCUGCUGGUGGAGAGGAAUAGCAACAAAAGGACGGGAGCGCGCAUUCAUUCAUGGGACGCGACUUUGACAGCUCCUCGUUUCUUGUCUUGUAAACUUUUUUUUAUUAUUUACCUCAUGGCCGAGGCUCCGCUCCAAGACCUGGACCUGGACGUGGUCAUCGACCCGGAUUUCGAGCCCCAAAAGCGGCCACGUUCUUGCACCUGGCCGCUGCCGCGACCGGACUCCAACGCGGCGGAGGAGAAACCGGAGAGCAACGAUAUUAUCCCCGAAGAGGAGGAUGAUGAAGACGAUAACAACAUCACCACUACGGCAAACGAGUCUGGGUUGUUGGCGACGGACGACCAGAGCUCCAGCAGCCCCGCCGCGGCCGAUGGAGCUCUCUCCUCUCCCGGACAAGACAGCGGAGGCUCCCCGCACUCCGAGCACUCUCCGACGGCCACCUCUGGCGCUCUGACCCCCAGCGGCUUGGCUGCCCAGCAGACCCCGAGGAAAGCAUCGUCUCGCCGCAACGCCUGGGGGAAUCUCUCCUACGCAGACCUGAUAACCAAAGCCAUUGACAGCACACCGGACAAGAGACUGACACUGUCUCAAAUAUAUGACUGGAUGGUGAGAUCCAUCCCUUACUUCAAAGACAAAGGAGACAGCAACAGCUCUGCAGGAUGGAAGAACUCCAUCCGGCACAAUCUUUCCCUCCACAGCCGCUUCAUCCGCGUCCAGAACGAGGGAACGGGGAAGAGUUCCUGGUGGAUGAUCAACCCAGAGGGAGGGAAGGGUGGCAAGGCUCCUCGCCGACGUGCAGUCUCCAUGGACAACAGCAACAAGUACACCAAGUCCGCCCGUGGCCGUGCUGCCAAGAAGAAGGCAGCUCUGCAGGCCGCGGCCGCAGCAGCUGGCGAAGGCGGCGGAGACAGUCCUUCAGGUCUCUCCAAGUGGCCCGGAAGCCCGACGUCACGCAGCAGCGAGGAGCUGGACGCCUGGACAGACUUCCGCUCCCGCACUAAUUCCAACGCCAGCACACUGAGCGGUCGCCUCUCACCCAUUCUGGCCAACCCUGAGCUAGACGAGGUGCCCGAUGACGAGCCUCCUCUCUCGCCAAUGCUGUACUCUAGCCCUGGCAGAGCGCUGUCUCCUGGCAACCCCACGACCAACGGGAAGUCCGUGCCGACUGAGCUGCCCCGCCUGGCCGACCUGGCGGGUACAAUGAACCUGAAUGACGGACUCACAGAUGACCUGAUGGACGAGUUGCUGGAUAACAUCAACCUGGUGCCAACCGUGACGUUGCCGAUCGCUAUAAACGGUUCCUCAGGGUUCAAUUUUGUGUCCAAGCCCAACGGACUGGGCUCACCUCCCUCCACCUCCUCUCCCUCCACCAACUCUUCUUCUAACGGUGGAGUUAACGGUUACAGUAACUCCAUCUUCGGGCCCAUCACAGGGGUCUCCUCUCUGCGUCCGUCCCCCAUGCAAACCAUCCAGGAGAACAAGCAGACCUCCUUCUCCAGCAUCAGCGUGCCUCGCUUUGGCAGUCAGACACUACAAGACCUGCUCAACCCUGACAGCCACAGCCACAGCGAUGUCAUGAUGACCCAGUCCGACCCGCUGAUGUCACAGGCCAGCACCGCCGCCGUCAUUUCUCAGAACUCCCGCCGUGGCCUCAUGCUCCGUAAUGAUCCCGUAAUGACCUUUGGGACCACUGGGGGACUUCAGGGCAGCCAAGGGGAGAUAGUUCAAAGUAACAACCACAACCAUAGCUCCCUGAGGUCUCUAAACGGAGGCCUGAACCUCGCCAACGAGGCUAACGUUCUGGCAAAUGCCAAGCAGCAGCUCCUGCUCUCACCCUUGGGAGGAAACGGUUCCUCUUCCAUGCAGAUCGACACCUCGAUCUUCCUAAACGGAACAGUUAGCAGCAGUGGAGGGAUCUGCCAAGACCGUUUCCCCACAGAUCUGGACCUGGACAUGUUCAACAGCACCCUGGAGUGUGACAUGGACACCAUCAUCAGGAACGAACUGAUGGAGGCAGACGGCCUGGACUUUAACUUUGACACUCUGGCCAACAUGAAUGGAGUCGGCAACUUCGCAAGCACCAAGCAGACCUCUGGGAGCUGGGUACCCGGCUGAGAGGGUCAGGCCGGGGAGGAGCAGAGCAGGUCUGAACUGUGUAGUGCAAGAGAAGAUCAGACACUCAACAUCCUUUUUGCCAAACCUGCCAUCAGCACAACGUAAAAAAUACGAACCCUGUGUUUACAGAAGACUUCCUCUCGAGAGCUUUACCUUCGCUCCCACACUGGUGAACCAUGAACGAUCCGACAGACUCUAGAGAUACUGCACAUCAGCCCUCAAAGCCUCCUGUGAAACAACAACAAACAACAACAAAAGAAACUCACAAAUCGAAUUAUGCAAUUUUCCUUUUGACACCCAGUCUGUUGAUAUCAAAGAGACACUGCUUUAUCAGAAGGGGUUUCAGGUGGAAUAUGAGGACUCAAUAUCAAGCAAAGAUUGAAGGAGGUGCGCGGUGCAGUUUUUUCUGUUGAAGACAACAAAAAAAAAGUGUAAAGUGAAAAAAUCAAGAAGUGAUGUGGUGUAAAUCUGAUCCAGUGGUUUCCUGGGAUGUGUUAUGUUGAAAAAAAAAGAAUUUCCCUCUGUUCUCACUUAGUGAUUUUAAAUGUUCAGUGUUUGUUUUUUGGAUUUUUCUGUUUUAUCAUAAUUGUUUCUGCAUCAUACAUACAUGUCUUUACAAAAAGAAUAGGUGUAUUGAUGAAAUGAAAAGAUGGAAAUGGAGUAUCAUACAGUACAUGCAGACACACAAACACUCUCCCCCAGUUUGCAAAACUUCAGAACCAUUAGAAGUUAAAACUCAACGCCAUGCACUUCCAGUUUUGUUCUUAUAAAUUGUUUCAAUUAAAUAAAAUGCUGCAUACUGAGGGUUAUAUUACAAAUAGCUGAAUAUUACAAAAAUAUUUGUGUAUAUCUAACUGUAAAAAAAAAUAUGAAAAAAAGACUAGAGGAAGUCAUGGAUAUUUGUACAGUGCAGGGCAGUGUAAAGUUAAAGAAGCAGGGGGAAAGAUUUUGUCUGUCUUCUCUUAGAUCUCUUAACUUCUGGUGAGUUCUGUCGAGGUCGUUUAUCACUGCGUAAUGAUGUAGCCAAAAUAAAAUACCUGUGUCCUAUUAGGUUGUGAACAUUUCCACACCAUUACAGGUGCUAUGUAAACAGUGUUGAACCCUGCCCCUGAGAGCAAGCCGUGCAUUUUCAUUUGUUCAUUUUCCGUUUCGACCUGCAGAAGCCCAAAGCUGCAGCCACUUGUAGCACGGCGAGGUUGAACCUGUAGACGGCGACGGGGAGGGAAGGGGAGGGAAGGGGCGGGAGCAGGGUUUUAGGCUCAUUCCUCUAGAAGCCAUUUGUUUCUCGAGUAAAACAAUAAUAAGCUAUCUCUGUAUAUUGCCAAAUUACUUGAAACAGACAGUAGGAUAUGCUGGCAGCCAAAUCACACACACACAUAUAUUGCACACACAUAGAUAGAAGAAAUAAUACCAGGGAUCUGUGUUAAGCUCUGCUGUUUUCUUGUCAAGAGCUUGUGGGGCUUCUUAUGCAUAUAUAGAAUCACUCAGGGGGGAAAAGGGAGGCUUCCCGUUUAAGUAACAUCAAGUCACAUUCUAAUGGUAUUUUAACAUUUCUUGAUAAAAAAAAACAAAAAACAGUAAUGCUUUGUGUUUGUGAACUUGUAACCUGUGAACUUUUUGGCCGUCAAGAUGAAGAAGGAAGAUAAUCGUCAGGGUUCACGCGGUCUGUUAUGUUUUGCCGUCAUAGCUUUUUUUUUUUUCCCUCUCGUCGGACUCGCAUACACACACAUCCCCUCCCAACCCCCCUCAUGGACACGCCUGGUGCUCCUGCAGGUGACUUCCUGUAUCUCCUGAAUACAUGUUAAUGUGUGUGUUUGUCUGUGGAGUUUAUUUCUGUUUGAAUUAAUCUCACGAGGACGUGUAAUCCCUCACUAUCCCUCAUGGUGCAUACAGCACAGCCGACUGUAUGCAUGUAUGUAUUUAUGCAUUAUGAAUUGUGUGAAAUGCAUAUAUACUCGCUGUAUGUCCUUAUAUACUCAUGUAGUACUUGACCCUUGGAUUUUUGUGAUACCUCUGAAGGUAAAGUUGAAGAAAUAACGAACAACGCCCGGUAGGAGGGAACACUGUUACCAGCGAUUUACUUAUUGAACCAGAUUUUUUGAAAAUGGUGGAAAGCACCGUUGUUGUAGCAUCUGGACGCCCCUGGUAUCCCUUCUGUGUCUGGGAUAGCGACAUGAAGUGUGUGUCCCGCUGUGUAAAAUAGUGUACAGAUGUGUGUAUAUCACUUUGAGGCCAAGGCAGAGGAGCGUGUGUGUGCAUGGUUGGCUAGAAUGAUCUACCGUGCUAUCCGAGGUUUAGUGCAUGACCUAGCUGUACCCCUCAGACCCUUCCAAUGGUGCCGUCCUGCGACAGAAAUUGUAACAAAGAGAGGAACCCUGUGUCUUUAUAGCACUCAAACACACUUUUAAAAUCAGGGCUUACAGAGCAGCAUCCUCUCGCAUUAAUGGGUUUAUUAUUACAAGUGUGUGUACAUCGACAGACACAGGGAAAGCCUCCUUAUUUCACGGACGUUCCUCGGCUUCACACUUGUUUUAUUCCACGUGGAGCACAGCAGGUUCACGUCUUGGUGCUCUCGGUGAGCGUCAUAACUUUGACGGUGGUUAAAGCGUCAUCUGACAAUGAGCUGGAAUUUCACAUCUAAAAUUUCCAGAGCAUGUCUUUUGGCAGGGGGGGAAUCCUGAGCCAUCACCUGAACUACUAAGCAUUUGAAUUUACUGACCGUACGAAAUAUUAGGAGAGCUUUACUCGUCCUGUGAAGAAGACUGACAAGGUAAAUCCAGGGAGUAAUCCUUUCUAUUUAAAGAGGGGUUAUCGAUCCUUGAUAAAACUGCAAAUCUCAAUCGCAGGAAGGUGCUCCUUUACAUUUUGUACAUUCAGUGUAAAAUGUUUUGGCUCUUUGGGGAGAUAGUUUACACUUAGUCAUAGUGGAGCAGGCCUUCCACACAACCACUCAGUGCUUCAUUCAGGCACAGAUCAUCUCCUCUUGUGCCCGACACACACGCACACACACGUACACACACACACAUACACCUGCAGCACAACACGUGCAAGUUUAAAGCUAAGAAAAGCAAAAAAAAAAAAUAGAAGAAACAUACCACUAGAUACCUUAAUCACCUCUUGGACGUUUCCUUUUCAUUAUCUUCUCUUGGACCUUUUCCACCCUGGUUUAGAGGCCCGGGCCAGCUCCCCUCCAUACGCCCUCUGAACUUUGCCCUUUGAACUUUGCCCUUUAUUAAUCUUGCUUCUUCUCGACUUGAUGUUAGUGGGUAUUUUUCCUGUGUAUUCCAUUUUGAAUUGUAAUCUAGUUUGUAUAAGAAAUGGUGCGCAUGUAAAUAAAGCUUGGUGAGGCUCCACACCCUU